CGCUUAGUCGGCAAUUGCGGCAAUUUAAUGACAUUUAUUUUAUUAAUGAAUUAACAUAUAUACACAUAGCAAAAAAAAAAAAAGCAACAAAAGAACAACAAAACACCAAAACACCAUCGUUUAGCCAUAAGAAAAAGUGUACUUCAACGUGCUAAAGGAAGCUCACUCCCGCGCGUGCAGACACUUUAUAGCAUAAAUCAGCAUUUCCUCUGUGUCUCUGCACGGCUUGAAAACUUCUACGCUAGCGGCCCAAAGCCUUUUCCACUAAGCUCAACGACCACCAUUCACUUUAUUAUUGUUAUUAUUAUUAUUAUACAAAUACAACGACGCUCACGCCUUCUUACUUAUGCGACAUUGUACUCCGGCUACGCCAACAGCAUUACAAAUGAGCAGAAGAGCAGCAGCAGCAUAAAAAUGCACACCCACAAAUUGAAUUGAAAACGUCUAGCUCACUUCCUGCCCCCGUCAAGCCUUAAAACGUGCUUAAAGUAGAUCGUAUUCAAGUAGAGAAUAGAGCAUAGAGAGUAAUCCAAUAGACGGGCGUUAAGCCCCUAACUAACGACGAAUAAUAUUAGUGCAACAUUUGUUUGUUUCGCAUUUGCGGAGUAGGCGGCGCAGGCGUUAACGUUGUGCAACGGAUACGCAGCGAUGGAAGCCUCAACGCCGGAUAACUACAAAGUUCCAUCGACGAGUAAAAUAUCAGUGGAUAAAUUGUUGCGUGUUGGCUACUAUGAGCUGGAGAAAACAAUCGGCAAGGGAAAUUUCGCAGUGGUGAAGUUGGCAUCGAACAUUGUCACCAAAUCGAAGAUACGCAAAUGCUGGAAUGCAGAAUAAGAGGGAUAAAAUGUAGUGAGAUUCAUGCAUUUUGCAAUAGAAAAA